AUGCCCCGAAAACCCCGAGCGGCUGCAAAGGCAGCUGCCAUGUCCCUCAAAGCUACACCACAGGAUCUGCCCGACGAGUCUGAUGCAGAGAUGGCAGACGUGGCCACGCCGCAAAAGGACGACGGUCGCGAAGAGGAAGAGGAGGAAGACGUGGAAGAGGAGGACGUUGAGGGUGACGGCGACGGUGACGGGGACGGCGAGGGAGAAGGAGACGAAGACGGCGAGGAAGAUGAACGAGCAACACCACAGACACCACUCGAGCACGAAGGCACACCGGCCGGAGACGCUGAAUCUGACGGAGGCGCGCAAGACACGCCCUCUCGCUCCAGCGCGGCAGGACGAGGCAGCUCGAUGGGCCGACCUCGACGCCGCCGCAUCGGACGACCGCCCAAGAACAAGCCUGCAGACUGGGACGCGGACGACAACGGCAACAGCAACAGCAACGGCACCGGCACCGGCGACACCCCCGGCCCCCGAUCAGGCGUAAACACCCCCAUCAAACGCGGCCGAGGACGAGGCCGGCCCUACGGCGGCGGACGCUGGUCCAAGUCUCGCGGCGGCCCAUCCCACGCCUCCCACAUGCCUCUCGACAAGGAAGGGAACGUCCUAGAGGUGAUUGACGACGAAGUCGACCUGCCCGAGGACCCAGAGGGAGAGACAAAAGUAGACAAGAUGGGCAACCUGCUGGGCGGGCGAGAAUACCGUGUUCGAAUCUUUACGAUACUGGAUAAGGGAGAGAGACAGUAUAUGUUAUCCACCGAGCCAGCGCGAUGUAUUGGAUUCCGCGACUCGUAUCUCUUUUUCCAGAAGCAUAAGUUGCUGUAUAAGAUUAUUAUCGACGAUGACGCGAAACGAGACCUGAUUGAGCGCGAGAUCAUACCGCAUUCAUACAAGGGGAGGGCCAUCGGGGUGGUCACUGCGCGGUCUGUGUUUAGGGAGUUUGGAGCCAAGAUUAUUAUCGGCGGGAGGAAGAUUGUGGAUGAUUAUCAUGCUCAGGCUGCAAGAGAAAAGGGGGAGGUGGAAGGGGAGCUGGCGGUGCCUGAGGAUAGGCUGCCUGGGGCCGGGGAGAAGUAUAACAAGAACCAGUACGUUGCGUGGCAUGGGGCGAGCAGCGUGUAUCAUUCUGGCGCGCCCUCUGUCCCUAUGCCGAUAGGGAAGGUCGUCGAGGCGAAGAAGCGCAAGGUCGUCGUCACUGGCGACAACUGGAUGGUCGAGCACGUCCGGGAAGCUAGCCGCUUCAACAGCGAACUGGCGAGCAUGCGCCGCGAGAACCUCAACGGCGUCUACGACAUCCACACGAACAUGAUGAUGUAUCCCAAGACGAUGCAGCCAACCCACGCCCGCUGGGAGGCCGUCCCCCCUGAAGCUGCCUCCGACGCCCUCUGCCACCGCAUCGCAGGCACUUCUCUCUCUGAUCCUGAACAUGAACGUGAACUUGAGACAGAGUCAACCAUCUUCCCGCCCGUCCCAGGCAUCUUCAGCCGCAACUUCCGCAUCCACGACAUCCACUACGAGUCCGCACCAAACUCAUUCAACCUCGUCCCGGGCCCAGACGGCGACACCCACGACCUCGGCUCCAACGGUCUGAUCUCUACCAACGAAGAAGAGGACGGCAUCAGCUUCAAGAUGACGGCGGACGUGCUGGCCGCGCUGCCGGAGGACUGUCGACGGGCGUACCUGGAGGCGGCGGCGCAGGAGUGGGAGUGGAAGAACAGGUGGAAGGGCGAGGCCGUCGACGGUGCCAGAGCAAACCUCGCCAUGAACUUCGCCUGGACUCCGUAG